CUAUUUUUUUAAAUGAAAUAUUGAAUCUUCGGAUAGUUUUUUUAUUACAUAAAAGUGUAACAGAUAAUGUACUGUUCCAAAUCGUUCUACCGCUCUUUGAAAUUCCGAAAAUUUGAAUUAAAUAUUUAAAAUCUCUUGUGUUGUUAUUUACAAAUUCAAAUCUGUAUCUCCAUGUAUUAAGAAACUAAAAAUGAGACGAGAAGAACAAUUUUCUAAAGAUAGUGUUGAUACAAGGAAACUUGAAGAUAUUAUCUUGGAGUUCGGAUUAGAAAUUCCAUAUAGAUCCAGUUUCUCAAUCACAAGAGCUGAUAUCAUUGAUGGGACUGAUGAGGAAAAAGAUCCAAGGUUUGCAAACUUUCUCCAUCCGCACAGAACAGUUUCCCAGACCUCGAGGUCAAAGUCGAGGUCAAGAAUAGAGUCAGCAGGAUCUCAAAUAUCCAGAGAAUCCGUGUCUGAGAUAUCCGGUAGAUCCAUAUCUUGGGUUUCAGGCGAAUCCGGAGAAACUGUGUUCCAGGACGAAACCGUUUCAGUUGGAAGUGAAACCAAUAAAACAUUUACAGCUGGAGUAGCUGGAGAAGACAAAAAUACAGGCGGGUCAAUAUUGGACAAAAUUUUGAAAUCAAAUUUUACAGACUAUCUUCAAGAUUUAGUCCGGAGUCUUGAGUCUACCCGUAUUGUGAGAUUGAUCAAAUCUAUCCUUGAGGUUGUAUCCUUCCAACGAGAGGAUAAUAUCAAGAGAGAUCUGGAGAUCAGUCCUGUAGUGCAGAACCAGGAUCUUAGUCUUGAACACUAUCAAAGGCUUGAAGAUGCAUUUUUACUUCAUGACUCCGACAGAAAGGGUUUCAUGACCAAAUCUGAAUUAAGAUCCUGUUUACUGGUUCUUGGACAAAACCCAACGGAGCAGGAGAUGUGGAAGUUACUGGCUCAGGUUGAUGUUGAGCACAAUGGAACUCUAGAUUUUGACGAGUUUUUUGAUUUAAUGACAUCAUUGAUGACAGGCUGGAACCCGGAACAGGAUCUAGGUACAUGUUGGAGAGCUCUGAACCCUAGAGGGAAGAGCAGGAUAAAUUUGACCAACCUUAUCUUCAUACUCAGCAACUAUGGAGCAAGGAUUAAUAAAUCGGAACUAGAUGAGAUCUUCAACCUGAAGCAGAAUAGAGAGAAUGCAGAAAAUACAGAGAAUACAGAUCUUGAGUUUAUUUCAUUUAACCAGUUUCUUGCAUGUGUAGUGGAACCUGUAAAGGAGAAUUGAGAUAUAGAAGUAAAAUAAAUUUCUAAAUUUUA